AUAAAGCUACCAAUCCUUCUAACCGCCAGGAAGACUGGGAAUAUAUCAUUGGCUUCUGUGAUCAGAUCAACAAAGAGCUUGAAGGGCCCCAGAUUGCUGUCCGACUUCUGGCCCACAAGAUCCAGUCUCCACAGGAAUGGGAGGCGGUGCAAGCCCUCACGGUGCUGGAGGCAUGUAUGAAGAACUGUGGGAGGAGAUUUCACAAUGAAGUGGGGAAGUUCCGAUUCUUGAAUGAAUUAAUCAAAGUCGUCUCUCCAAAGUACUUGGGAGACAGGGUGUCUGAAAAGGUGAAGACUAAGGUCAUCGAGUUGCUUUUUAGCUGGACACUGGCCUUGCCGGAAGAAGCAAAGAUCAAAGAUGCCUACCAAAUGUUGAAGAGACAAGGCAUAGUGCACUCGGAUCCCCCCAUCCCCAUGGACAGAACACUGAUCCCCUCUCCCCCACCUCGUCCCAAAAACCCUGUGUUUGAUGAUGAGGAGAAGUCCAAGCUUUUAGCGAAGCUGCUGAAAAGCAAGAACCCGGAUGAUUUGCAAGAAGCCAACAAACUCAUCAAGUCCAUGGUGAAGGAAGAUGAGGCUCGAAUCCAGAAGGUGACCAAGCGCCUCCACACGUUGGAGGAAGUUAACAACAAUGUCAAGCUGCUCCAUGAGAUGCUUCUCCACUACAACCAGGAGUACUCGUCGGAGGCUGACAAAGAGCUCAUGAAGGAGCUGUUUGAUCGUUGUGAGAACAAGAGACGGACAUUAUUUAAACUAGCCAGUGAGACAGAAGACAAUGACAACAGUUUGGGGGACAUCCUGCAGGCCAGUGACAACCUCUCCAGGGUCAUUAACUCUUACAAGACAAUAGUCGAAGGGCAGACCAUCAAUGGUGAGGUGACCACCUCCACCAUGCCUGACUCUGAAGGAAAUGACCACUGCAGUAGCCAAGGCACCCUCAUCGACCUCGCUGAGUUGGACACCCCCUGCAGUUCAUCCCCAGUGUUGGCCCCAGCACCUGCCCCACCCACUUCAGGCAUCCCUAUUCUCCCUCCACCCCCCCAGACCUCUGCACCUCCACGAAGCCGUUCAUCCAGCCAGGCUGAGGUUCCCCAAGGGCCUGACAGCACGAGCAGUGGCCUCUCCUUGCUAGAUGAGGAGCUGCUCUGCUUGGGCCUUACUGACCCAGCCCCUACUGCUUCUAAAGAGUCAGCUGGAAAUAGUCAGUGGCAUCUGUUCCAGAGUGAACCCUCGUCAGAUCUGGACUUCUUCAACCCCAGGCCAGUGUCUGCGGCCUGCGGCCCCUCAGAUGGAUCCCUGCUCCCUCCCCCAGUUUCUACCUCAAGUACGUCCCAAGCUCCGCUGCCUGCUCCCUUCCCAGCUCCUGUGGUCCCAGCUAGUGUACCAGCCCCCAGCACUGGUUCCUUCAUGUUCUCUUCUGGACCUGCUCCAGCCUCGAUUCCAAAGGCUGAGCCUGCAGCCCCAAAGUACCACAGCUCAGCACUGGGUGACAGCACCUCGAACCGCCUAGAUGCCCUUGAUCAGCUUCUGGAAGAGGCCAAAGUGACCUCAGGCUUGGUGAAACCUGUUUCUUGCUUCUCCACUGGGGCCACCGCCUCCCCACUGCUUCCUGCCUCUACCCCAGCCAGGCCUCUCCUGCCCUUCUCCAAGGGGCCUGGAAGCCCUCUCUUCCAGUCACCAGCCUUCCAAUCCCAAGGCAGUCCGCUGAGGGCCCCAGAGCUCUCCCUGGCCAGUGUCCAUGUGCCCCUGGAAUCGAUCAAGCCUAGCAGCGCCCUUCCCGUGACAGCCUAUGAUAAGAAUGGCUUUCGCAUCCUUUUCCACUUUGCUAAGGAGUGUCCCCCAGGACGGCCCGACGUGCUGGUGGUGGUCGUGUCCAUGCUGAACACGGCUCCUUUGCCAGUCAGGAGCAUAGUGCUGCAGGCUGCAGUGCCCAAGUCAAUGAAAGUGAAGUUGCAGCCACCCUCUGGGACAGAACUCUCGCCAUUUAGUCCUAUCCAGCCACCUGCAGCCAUUACCCAGGUCAUGCUGCUGGCUAACCCAAUGAAGGAGAAGGUGCGGCUUCGGUAUAAGCUGACCUUUGCUCUCGGGGAGCAGCUGAGCACAGAACUGGGUGAGGUAGACCAGUUUCCUCCGGUGGAGCAGUGGGGGAACCUAUGACCCCAGCAAGUGCUGCCAUCUCUACUUAGAAGGCAGGCAACCUGAGACAGGCUCUGGCUAGUCCAGCAGUGCACACCCUGGACAGUGCUUAUAGCUUGGCGUAGACCAGGGCCCUGGACAUUUGUCAAGAGCCAAGCCGCUGCUGUGAUCAUCUCCUCUUGGGCCCCUAAAAGGACCUGUUUUAUCUGCCUGUGUGACUUGAAGUGGCCGUACUGUGUGGGUGGGGAGUGGCCUGUGGCUUCACUGGCUGCCCUGGGAUGGUGGACUCUGGGCCUAGAGUAGGUUUUCCCUUUUUUACUGGCAUCCCUUGGUACCAGGGAGAGGGCUCUGAAGAGCGCCUUUCUAACCCUUCAAGAACUGCAUCUCUGCACCCUGAAGAGGCAUGGCAUGGGACUGCCUCCCGUUGGUGUUCCAUGCUGCUUGGCUGAUAGCCACUGCUGGUACCUGAACCAAAGUGAGCAGCAGUGGCACAGAGGAUCUGGAGUACUGUAGUCUUUACUCGUGUUUUCUGCAGGCAGCAGCACCACAAAGUGGCUGCCGAGUGAGUGAGUGAGGUGCUUGUCCUGGCAGUGGCAGGUUGUGUCCUAUGGACAUCUCAACGGGACAGGGAAUACUGCCUUAUAGCCUCACCUGGGGACAGGAAGGGUAAUGGAAGCGUGCCGGGGUUCCCCUUCAGAAGCGGGCACCGUGGCUCUCCUGGAAAGCAUACCUGCAGCAGUGGGAAUGGGGACAUCCUACUCACUACCUCUUGCUUGGCAUGAAAUAAACUGCUGUGCUCCCCUUAACCUUUUAAGGGAAGACAACCUCUUGCCACUCUGCACCCUCCUGCUUUGGUCACUCCCUUUCCCUGCCACAUGAUUGGACCCAGGAAGUCUCAGGGUCACACACAUUGCACUAGACUUUGUCCUUUUGUGCUGCACCAAAACACCUGCUUUUCCCCAGCUAAAGGGCACUGUCAGCGAUAUGUCGGGUCUGGAAGUGAUGAGAUGAGGGGCUAUGUUUGAACUGAAUUCCCAGACCCUAUUGCUUCAACGGUGUUCUGCCUUCCCUCAGCUAGCAUGACCCAGCUCCUCCAGGCCAGAGACUUUGAAGCUUCAAGACAGCAGGGAAUUCAGCUGCCAUAGAAGCUGGGGAAGGGCAAAUGGCAGAGUCUGAUGGGCUCAACUGUCAGGGAAAAGGAAGGUGGCACAACCGUAUCUAUCCCUUGGUCCCCCUACACCUCGGGAACAUCCUUGCUCUGUCUAGGUCACCUGACCGACCUCCCCACUACUGUCCUUAGCUAGCAGGUUUUACAGUUUCCUUAGGAUGGGUCAAAAGACUCAUUUUCCCUGGUAAUAGAGCAAAUCCAAGAGCUUUCCAGAGACUGCUUUACUUCAGCCCUGGAGUAUCUGUGGGAUGACUUUAAGGAUACAGUGUUUAAAUUAUGAGUGCUGCUCACUACUGCUGAGGGCACUGCUUCAUGGUUAGCUGUACUGCCCUUGUUCUGCUGCAUGUGAAAUAAAACCAUUUUUGCCCGGUUUGGAAUCCUUCAA